UAGAUUUGCAAAAAAGAAACUCUUUUUUUUUUUUGUUUCUCAAUUAUUUAUUUAUUUCCCUUUACCUUAGAUCUGUUCCUAAUAAAAGAGGUGCUGUUGUGUGUCUCUCGUUGUAUUAUGUUUUCUUUAUUUCUCAGUUUUACCACUCAGUUUCUUUGAUAUUUUUUUUUUCUUUUUCAUUUUAAUUUGCUUUGAUACCAUUUCUUCAAUUAUGUACGUUGUCUCUCUUUAGUGGUAAUCAGCUGAUCAUCUUGCUGGAUCUGUCUCUCUUUGAUUGCUAAAGCAGCAAAUGGAGAUUGCAAAGUUAGUGGUGGAUCCCAUUGUAUCCAAAGUUUUCGAACUGUUGGUUAAUCCUGUUGUGCGUCAGAUCAAAUAUGUAUUCAACUACAGUGCCAACAUCCACAAUCUCGAAGAAGAAGUUAAAAAUCUCCGUCAUGCUAAACUAAGGGUUGAGCACACUGUGGAGGUGGCUAGGCGGAAUCCACUAGAACAAAUUGAAGAUGAUGUUCAGCCGUGGUUGGCUAAGGUGGAUAGUGUCUCUGAAGAUGCAGAUAAAAUUCUUCUUCAACAUAAAGAUGGAGGAAAAAGGAGGUGCUUCAUGGGAUUGUGUCCAAAUUUGAUCAGGCUCCACCAGAUUAGUAGAAAAGCCAGUAAAGAAAUACCAAUCAUUGUUGGAGCCCGAGAAGGGGGAAGUUUUCCCAGAGUUUCCUACCGUGCUCCACCACAGGGCAUAGGGGCAGUCAAAGAGUGUGAAGCCUUUGAAUCAAGAACAUCUGUUGUAGAUGAAAUCUUGAAUGCUUUAAAAGAUGCUGACGUCAAUCUCAUUGGAGUGUACGGAAUGGGAGGCGUGGGUAAAACCACACUUGUGAAACACAUCGCCACUCUGGUCAGGGAACUCGGAAUCUUCAAAUUGGUGGUUAAAGCAAAUGUCACCCUCAAGGCGGAUUUGAAAAGUGUUCAGCAAGAAAUUGCAGAAUGGCUAGACUUCAAACUUGGUGCGGAGUCUAUUGCAGUACGAGCAGCUCGAUUGAGUGAGCGAAUCAAAAAAUAAGAGAAAAUUCUAAUAAUUCUUGAUGAUAUAUGGGCAGCAAUCAAACUAGAUGAGAUAGGAAUUCCUUAUGGCAAUGAUCAUAAUGGAAGCAAGAUACUUAUGACGUCCAGAAAUCAAUCUGUAUUGUCGGAAAUGGGUGUACAGAGAGAUUUCAGGCUUGAAGUUUUAGAGCAUAAAGAGGCAUGGAAUCUAUUUGAGAAGAAGGUGGGAGACCUUAAAGAUUCCAACUUACAAUCUAUAGCUAUGGAAAUAGCAGAGAAAUGUGCAGGCUUGCCCAUUUUAAUUGUGACAGCAGCGACGGCAUUGAAAAACAAGCAGUUGUUUGAAUGGAAGGAUACAUUGGAAAGUCUUAAAAAAUUUGAUGGCAAGGGAUAUGAAGAGAUAAUUUACUCAGCCCUAGAGUUGAGUUACAACUAUUUGAGAAAUGAUGAGAAGUCUUUGUUCCUACUUUUAGGACAACUCCGACCUAUUGUGCUCAUCCAAGACUUGUUGAAAUAUGUAGUGGGGUUGGGCUUGUAUAAUGAACUCGUCACAGUAGAAGCAACAAGAAAUAGACUGCUUAAAGUAAUCAGUGAUCUAAAGCUGUCUUGUUUGUUACUUGAAGAUGGUGACCAUAAGCGAGUCAAAUUGCAUGAUGUGGUUCACAACUUUGCAGCCUCAUUUGCAUCCAAGCAUCAUCAAGUGCUCACUGCAGCAAAUAAAAUUGAGUUGAAAAAAUGGCCGAACGAGGACUUCUUUGAGCAGUGCACAUCAAUCUCUUUGCCAUAUUGCAAAAUCCCUAAGCUCCCUGAAGUAUUUGAAUGCCCAAAACCCAAAUCAUUUUUGUUGUUCAAUCAAGAUCCCUCACUUAAAAUCUCAGGGAAUUUAUUCAGUAAAAUGAAAGAACUCAAAGUCUUGGAUUUGACGAAAAUAAAUUUGUCACCACUGCCUUCGUCACUUCAAUCUCUUGAGAACCUCCAAACCUUAUGUUUGGAUUUCUGUGAUUUGGAAGACAUAGCUGCAAUUGGAGAGCUAAAACAGCUGCAAGUUCUCAGCUUGAGGGAAUCUACAAUUAUUCGAUUGCCGAAUGAAGUAAGAAAAUUGACUUGUUUGCGACUUUUGGAUUUGAGUGGAUGUCAAAGACUUAAAGUGAUUCCGCCAAAUGUCCUAUCAACACUAGCCCAAUUGGAGGAAUUAUACUUGGGGGGAAGCCUUGUGCAAUGGGAGGGUGAAGGGCAUGAUGAAGGAAGCAACAACGCUAACUUGUCUGAAUUGAAGCUUUUGUCAAAAUUGUCCACUCUAGAGAUACAUAUCAUAGAUGCAAAUAUCAUGCCUAAAGAUAUAUUUUCUGAAAAAUUGGAAAGUUUUAGAGUAUUCAUUGGAGAUGGGUGGGAUUGGGCUAAUAAUGAGUAUGAGACCUCAAGAUCAUUGAAACUCAAGCUGAAUAGAAGCGCCUUGUUGGAGAGAGUAAAAGUGUUGCUGAUGAACACCGAAAGUCUAUAUUUGGACGACUUGAAAGGCGUGAGAAGUGUUCUCUAUGAAUUAGAUGAUCAAGGCUUUCCAGAGUUAAAGCAUCUUCAUGUUCAAAAUAGCCUUGAUAUUCAAUAUAUCAUAGACUGGAUGAAAAUGAACCAUUUCUCUGCUUUUCCCAAGUUGGAGUCAUUAUUUCUUCACAAUCUGAAUAAUUUGGAGAAGAUUUAUCGAGGACGUCAUACAGUGGGACCUUUUAGCGAUUUGAGAAAAUUAAAGGUAGAAAAUUGUAAUGCAUUGAGGAGUCUCUUCUCAUUUUCUAUGUUUAAUGUCCUUAAGAAGCUAGAAGAAGUGAAUGUGAAUAAUUGCGAAAUUAUACAAGUGAUAGUAGCUAAGGAAGGUGAAGAUGAUGAAGAAUGUGAGUUGACGCAACUACGAUCCUUAACGUUGGAAAAUCUACCCCAAUUUACAAGCUUUUGUUCCCAAGUGAAGGUGCAUUCUACAUCCCAAAGAGCACGAAAUCAAGAAAUAGCUACUACGGCCUCCAAUGAAAUUGUAUGUGAAGCUGAUGUGGAAGUUCUGGUGGAACUUUUCAACGACAAGAUUCGAUUUCCUAAUUUGGCAGACAUGAAGUUGGUUGGAAUUAACGUGGAAAUGAUAUGGCGGCCUUGUCAACAUAAAGCAUUGUCUCCGAGUAUUGAAAAAUUAACAACAUUGAUUGUAGAUGGGUGUGGGAAUUUGAACUUUCUAUUCACAUCUUCUAUUGUUGGAAGUCUUGCACAUCUUAAAGUGCUUGAGAUAUGUGACUGCAAAUCUAUGGAAGAAGUAAUACUUGCAGCAGGAGAAGGAGAAACGAUGAGCAAAAUAUUAUUACCUAAAUUAGACUCUUUAAAGCUCAAAGGUCUUCCCAAGCUUGUAAGGUUCUGCAUAGCUAAGUUAAUUGAAUGUCCCUCCUUGAAAGUGUUGAAGAUGGAGAAUUGUCCUCGUUUGCAAGCAUUUGUCUCCACACAAGUGAACACAGCUCUCUUCGAUGAAAAGGUUCGGUUUCCUAAUUUGGAGGAAUUGCAUGUUGAGGACAUGCAUAUGUUGAAGAUGAUAUGGUGUGAUGAAGUCCUAGCAGAUUCCUUUGGUAGAUUAAAAGUGUUAAAGGUGCUAAAUGGAAAACAGCUACUGGAAAUCUUUCCGUCUAAUUUGCUGGAAAAGUUCUUGGUGAAUCUAGAAUCAUUAACUGUACGACAUUGUGAUUCAGUGAAAGAGGUGUUUGAUCUCCAAGCAAUAGUAAAAGAAAGAGAAGCACAUGUUGUAACGCACAGUCAAUUGAGAACUUUGGAGAUUAAGAAUCUUCCGAAUUUAAUUCAAAUAUGGAAUAGGGAUCCUCAUGGCAUUCUCUCCUUUUAUAACCUACGUGAAGUGGAAGCUUGCGAUUGUCCAAAUUUGAAAAAACUCUUCCCAUUUUCAGUAGCUCAAGAUCUACCGCAUCUUGAAUUGCUAAGCAUAAUUCGUUGUGGAAUGGAGGAAAUCGUUACUAAGGAGGAAAGAGUAGAGGCACUUGCUAUUAUUCCCAAGUUUGCAUUUCGUGGGCUAAAGUACAUGACCCUUUGGAGAUUACAUGAAUUGAAGUAUUUUUACUCAGGAAAGCACACUCUAGAAUGUCCACAACUAAAAAUGUUAAAGGUGCAUCUCUGCGCAAAACUGCAAACUUUCAAUUUUGAAUCUCAAGAAAUACACAUGGAUAAGCAAGAGGACGAACUGAAACUUCAAAUUCCACAACCACUUUUCUCAUUUAGAGAGGUUGGAUUCAGUGGCCUACAACAUUUGAAACUCUCUGAAUUUUCUCAACUAAAAGAGGCAUGGAAAACCCAACUUCCAGUCAAUUUCUUUUACAAUUUAAGUUCCUUGGAAGUAGACGAGGUUGCAUUUUCCUCCAUUGUUGUUCCAUCCAAUCUACUGCCAAUUCUAAAUGAUUUGGAAAAGCUUGAGGUCAGAAAUUGUGAUUCAGUGGAACAGGUAUUUGGCCUAGAAUGGCCAAACUUUGAUGGACCAUUUGGGAAUUUGUUCAAGUUGAGAGAGCUAAAAUUGAUAAAUCUUCCAAUGUUGAGGCUUGUGUGGAUUGAGAUUCCCAAAGGAAUUUUAGAUCUCAGAAACCUUAAACUGCUCAAAAUCUACAAUUGUAGCAGUUUGAGAUAUAUAUUUACUCCUACCAUCUGCUGUGGCCUUGAGCAACUCCAAGUGCUUGAAGUGAAAAGUUGUGCUAUGGUCGAAGAAAUCAUCACAGAAGAAUCUAUGGAUGAGAUUAGAUUUCCUCAACUAAACUCCAUUAUUCUUGAAUCCUUGCCCAGAUUAAUCAAUUUCAGUUCCGGCAGCGGUACUGUGCGUUGUCCAUCUCUGAAAGAGAUUGCUGUAGUUGAUUGCCCAACCGCAUUCACUUGUUCAUUCUUUAGGGAAGCAGAUGCAGCAAUUGAUAAAUUUGUUGAGCGAAAGGUAUUUUUUCCUAAUCUGAAGGACCUGAAACUGUCAUCAAUUGAUGUUGAGAUGAUGUGGCAUGCUCAACACUUGAAGAUGUCCUCUUAUACUGAGAAUUUAACAAGCUUGACUGUGGAUGGAUGUGGGAGUCUAAAAUAUCUAUUAUCAUCAUCAAGUAUUGUGCAUCUGAAGAGACUUGAGGUAUGCAAUUGUAAGAUGAUGGAGCAAGUGAUACUCAGGGAGGGAUUGGAUGAAGAAAUCAUGUUACUCCAUCAACUAGAGUCCCUGAAGCUCAAAGAUCUGCCAAAACUCACCCGAUUCUGCACAACUAAUUUAGUUGAAUGCUCUGCCUUAAAAGAGAUUUGCAUACAAUGAACUUGAAAUUAUAAACUCUGCUCUAUUUGAUGAAAAGGUUGCAUUCCCAAACUUGGAGAAAAUGCAGAUUCUUAGCAUGGAUUAUUUGAACAUGCUAUGGCAUAAACAACUCCAUUCAGAUUCUUUUUGCAAAAUAAAAGGAUUAACGGUAGAGCACUGUGAAGAACUACUUCAAAUC